UUCGAUUUGCUUUUUUCCCCAAAUCUGUCUCUCUCUCUCUUUUUCUCUUCCGAUUUCAUUUUCUUCGAUCAAAUCAAAAACAGAUCCAAAUCCGAAUGCGCCAUAUGUACCAAUCAAAUUCCUCCUCCUCUUCCUCUCAGAAAUUCAUGGCCUCAGCCAACGCCGGCGUCGGUAGCGGCGGCGGCGGUGGCGGUGGUGGUCUCACUCGGUACGGUUCCGCGCCUGGAUCUCUUCUGACUUCGGCAGUGGAUUCCGUGAUUGGAAGUCGGCAUCCGGACUCUGUUUCCUCGCUCCGUACACCGCCGUCGUUCAGUGGCCACUACUUCUCCUCCGCCGACUCCUCCCUGAAAUCGUCGUCAUCCACUGCCGCUGCCGUGAGGUCGUACGGAAUCCAUGAUUUAGCCCUAGGCGACUUCUCGACGGCUAGAAAUUUCAAUAGCAAUGGUGGUCAAUCCUCUUCCUCUUCGCCGUUAGUUCGCCAGAAAAGCUCGCCGGCUGGAUUCCUCGGCCAUCUCUCCGUCGCCGAACGAAACGGAGGAGGGUUUUCAUUGACAAUGGGAGGUGGUGGGAAUAGCAUAGGAAGACUGAAGUCCCAAGUGAGGUUGAACGGCCAAGAUUCACUUUCUCAAAUCUCUGAAAUGAGUGAAGGCUUUAUGGAGGCAGCCAAUUCCUCUGCCAAUGGCCUUACCCCCUCUACCUUUGGCAUGGACUCUUGUUGGGACACUUCCAAUAACUCCAUUGUCUUUGGUGCCCCUCAUGCUAAAACUUCCCGGCACCAUCCCGACGCGGAGUUCUUCACCACCCUCGAGUCCCAGUUUAGCAUGCCGCAGACAACUCUAGAAAUGGCAACUGUGGAGAGGCUGCUUCAAAUCCCUGAACACUCUGCUCCUUGUAAGAUUCGAGCCAAGCGUGGUUGUGCCACUCAUCCUCGUAGUAUCGCCGAACGGGAGAGGAGAACGAGAAUUAGUGGAAAGUUGAAGAAACUUCAAGACCUUGUUCCGAACAUGGAUAAGCAAACAAGCUACUCAGACAUGUUAGACUUAGCCGUGCAACAUAUCAAAGGUCUUCAACAUCAAAUUCAGAUGCUUAACAAAGAAGCUGAGAGUUGCACCUGUGGAAACAAAGAAUGCUUAUAACAUUUGGAAUAUUGAGAGUUGGAAUGAAUGGUACCUCAAAUUUUGCCCUUUUUAUUUGUUUGUACAUAAAGGAAGUAGGUCUCUCAAAUUUUAAUUGGAAUCAUAAGCUUAAUUUUUUUUUUUAAAUGUAAAAUAAUUUUAACUCUCGUUAUUCUCAUUCAAUUAUUGAUCGUCUUUUCGAGAAUGUUUAGCUCAUAGGUCUAGUUUAUGAAGGCGUUCAAUCAAGUUUGAAAACUCGAACUUGUAAAAUCAGUGUUGGAAUGUUACCGACAUACUUUUUCUUAUUUUUAA